UUUCUUUUCAAUAAUGAACUCAUUCCCAGAUUGGCUAAUGGGUGUUUUUAAAGCUAUGCUAAAUUAAAGAAAUACAAUUUUCUCACUAGUAUUUGGUAGCAUAUGGGUUCACUCUGUGUCAUAUCCAGAAGAGUUCUAUACAUGAACUGGAUUUAGUUGAUCUGAGAGUCACUGGAGCUUUCUUUAAUCAGAAUGGAAAUCAGGAUAAGCUGAGGUCUUAAAGCUUUGUGGUACUUAAGGGAGAAAAUUAACACUGUGUCUUGUAGCCGUUAGUUGGUAGAGGGAAAUUCAGGCUCCUGUCGCAAAACCUUCAGGCUAAAUUAUUUUCUCCUCCUAACUUGUGUAGGUUCACAGUGUUCCCUUCUGAUAGAGCUUUUUGCCUGUGUUGUAAAGUUCUUUGGCUGAGAUGGGUGACAAAGAUACUAAUAAAGAACCAAGACAGAAAUUAAACUUUUCCUAUUGUGAGGAGGAGACUGAGAGUGAAGGGCAGAAGAAGGCACAAGAAAGCAGGGAGACUUCCAGCCAAACCCUAAAGGACGGUGAAGUGCAGGAUUCAGAGGCAAGGCACACACCACCUCGGACUCCCCUUAGUAAUGUGCAUGAGCUCGACACAUCGUGGGAAAAAGACAAAGAAAGUCCAGAUCAGAUUCUUAGGACUCCAGUGUCACACCCUCUCACAUGUCCUGAGACACCAGCCCAACCAGACAGCAGGAGCAAGCUGCUACCCAGUGACAGCCCCUCUACUCCCAAAAGCAUGCUGAGUCGGUUGGCGAUUUCUCCAACAGGGAAGCUUCUCUCCAGAGGCCCUAAGCAUUUGAAGCUCACACCUGCUCCCCUCAGGGAUGAGAUGGCCUCAUUUGCUGUGGUCAAUAUUAAUCCCUUCACUCCAGAGUCCUACAGAAAAUUAUUCCUUCAAUCUGGUGGGAAGAGGAAAAUUCCAGAUCUUGAGGAAGCUGGUCCAGAGGAAGGCAAGGGAGGGCUGCCUGCCAAGAGAUGUGUUUUACGAGAAACCAACAUGGCUUCCCGCUAUGAAAAAGAAUUCUUGGAGGUAGAAAAAAUUGGGGUUGGUGAAUUUGGUUCGGUCUACAAGUGCAUUAAGAGGCUGGAUGGAUGUGUUUAUGCAAUAAAGCGCUCUAUGAAAACUUUGGCAGAAUUAUCAAGCGAGAAUUUGGCUUUGCAUGAAGUUUAUGCUCAUGCAGUGCUUGGGCAUCAUCCCCAUGUGGUGCGUUACUAUUCCUCAUGGGUAGAAGAUGACCACAUGAUCAUUCAGAGUGAAUACUGCAAUGGUGGGAGUUUGCAAGUUGCUAUAUCUGAAAACACUAAGUUUCACAAUCAUUUCCAAGAGCCAAAACUCAAGGACAUCCUUCUACAGAUUUCCCUUGGACUUAAGUACAUCCACAACUCUGGCAUGGUACACCUGGACAUCAAACCUAGUAAUAUUUUCAUUUGUCACAAGACGCAAAGUGACUCCUCUGGAGUCAUAGAAGAAGUUGCAAAUGAAGCUGAUUGGUUUCUCUCUGCCAAUGUGAUAUAUAAAAUUGGUGACCUGGGCCAUGCAACAUCAAUAAGUAAACCGGAAGUGGAGGAAGGAGAUAGUCGCUUCCUGGCUAAUGAGAUUUUGCAAGAGGAUUACCGGCACCUUCCCAAAGCAGACAUAUUUGCCUUGGGAUUAACAAUUGCAUUGGCUGCAGGCGCAGAGUCAUUACCCACCAAUGGUGCUGCGUGGCACCAUAUCCGCAAGGGUAACUUUCCAGACAUCCCUCAGGAGCUCUCAGAAAACUUUUCCAGUCUGCUCAAGAACAUGAUCCAGCCUGAUCCUGAACAGAGACCUUCUGCAGCAGCUCUGGCCAGUAAUCGAGUCCUCCGGCCUUCCCUGGGAAAAACAGAAGAGCUCCAACAGCAGCUAAAUUUGGAAAAGUUCAAGAUAGCCACACUGGAAAGGGAACUGAGGGAAGCCCAGCAGGCCCAGUCACCCCAGGAAGACAUCCAUCAUGAUGACACUUGGAUCUCUGGGACCCACACAGGAUCGAGAAGCACAAAACGCCUGGUGGGAGGAAAGAGUGCAAGGUCUUCAAGCUUUACCUCUGAAGAACAUGAAGGAAGAAAAGGAAACAGCCCUUGAUUUGGCCUAUGGAUUAUGAGGUUGCUGUUGCCCAAUUCCCCACCAAGGAUCCAGGGACUCAUUGUACAUAGAAAGGAAUAGAAUUUAGUUUAGAGUUGAAGUAAUAGCUAACAGAAAAUGUGCCUGGAUUUCCACAGUGCUUCCCAAGUUAUAGGAUGCCACUCCUAAAAGAGAAUUCUCAGCUUCUUUGAGGAAGUAGGUCUCUUAAUGUAUAUCCUUUCUGAUACUGUAUUUGUUAAAUAAAUGGCUUCACUAUUAUGUGAGGUGGGUAAAAGUUAGACUCUAUGCAACUUGGACAUCUUUGAGCUGGUUGUUAACUUGCAGAACAAAAAUGCCGUGGGAGGGGCUUCAAGGAAAGCUCAGUGUGACUGUGGCUGUUCUCCAUCUAUUUGCCCUGCCUUUCUCCUGGCUGUUCUGGUUGGUUUGAUAUUCUGGGUCUCACGAAUUUCUCUUAAUUUUUAUGAGAAUUUGCGUUUGUUUCCUAUUUUUUAAUCCUAUUUUAUUGAAAUCCUUUUUCUGUAUACAUUUUAAAAGGAAUAGAACACUGUGUUUUUAAAUAAAGGUUUUUAUCUUGUCCAAAGCCUAAUUACAAGCAAAAUAUUCUUUAUAAAAUGUAACUAACAAAGAAUGAGAAAUGCCUGUUGGAGAACAUUUUAUGAAUAAAAGGGUAAGAUAAUUCUGUGGGUUGGUAGUAACAGGUCUUGGUGGCAAGUCCCAGCUUCACAAAUCCAAAAGUUAAUAAUGGUCAGGCUCUGCUGGAAAAUUAUGUUGGUCUUAAAGGUAUCUGGUAAGUUCUGUUUGUGUCAUCUUAGUGAAUGCAACCUGUUAAUGAUAAUGGCUUUUGUGCUGCUUGAUUUUCUUUUUUUCCCCUCAUUUUAGAAAGCUAAUUACGUUUUUUAAUUGAAUAAACCCUAAUACUAUUCUUU